CCGAUUCAGUUAAAUCACCGUUAGUACAUUUAAGUUGUCUCCCUUUAAUCAAACGGAAAUUCCCACUGAAAACGAAAGUAAUUGUAUUGUGCUGAUAAUAAAAAAACACAGUUUUGCUUUAAAAGACACUGGAUAUAAUGGCGGACAGUAAAUUCUGUGCUGGUUGUCAGCGCAGUGAUGAAGACAUUACAGCUGUAUCUUGGUGCAGUGAUUGCAGUGAACUUGUAUGUAAGGCGUGUUCCAGAGUUCACGAAAAGAUGUCCCCACCUCACAAGGUAGUACAAAUGAAAGAAAUACAACAACUCAGUUCUUCACUCCUCAAAUUGUCCAAGAACUGCAAGAAUCAUCCUGGUCAAAAGAUAAUACUGUACUGCUGUCAACAUGACCAAGUAAUCUGCGAUUCAUGUGUUCCGAUAUCACAUCAACAUUGCAAGUCUAUCAUUUCAAUUGAAAGAGCAGCUAGAGGCGUGAAAGAUGGCACUGCUAUUUUUGAUCUAGAGAGAAGGCUUUCCAAUCUAUAUCAAGUUACAGAGAACAUACUGAGUCAAAAAGAGACAACAUUUGUUGAUUUAGAAAAAAAUCGAAACAAAAUCAAGAAAAGGGUGUCGGAAAUCAAGCGGAACAUUAUUGAUCAUUUAGAUAGGUUAGAAGCAGAUAUUCAUAAAGACAUUGAUUCUAGGUAUAAAACCUGUACUGAGAUGGUGUCCCGAAACAGAAAUAGCUUCCAGUCCAGCUCAGACUCCCUGUCUACAUGGAAAAGUGAUCUACAUUCACUGAAGCAACAUUCAUCAGAAAUCCAUUUAUUCCAGUUGGUAAAAUUUUUAGAUGCAAAAACUUACCAGAAAGAAUUGGAAAUCAGAGAUAUCCAAGCAGCUACUGUUCCGAUUCUAAAAUAUCAUCCGCCAGAAUUCGAGUCGAACAUUAGUAAACUAGUCCCAGACUUAGGUACAAUAACGGUAGAAAAUGUCCAAGUCCAAAUGACUUUACUAGAUAUUGAUCAACAAGGUCAAUGUCUCGUUAGAGACGAAAGAAAGUUAUCACUGAAACAUUCAUUCCCGACCACGAAAUUAGGAAAUGGAGUAACUAUCUACAGAGGAUGCUUUAUUCCUCGUGAUAGAUUACUACUUUGUCAAUACUUGGGUAAAAAACUUAGUGUUUGUAAACUUGAUGGAUCCUACUCCAGCGUGAUUAAUUUGGAUAAUUUACCACAGGAUAUAAGCUUAUAUGACGAAAACUAUGCUGUCGUAUCUGUUGGUGAGAAAGGUAUCCAGAUCAUAGACCUGGCUACAUUGAAGCUUGGUAGGACAAUUAAAGUUAAAGGAGACUGUAGAGGAAUCACCUGUGUCAAGGAUAAGAUCUGGGUAAACAAUAAAUAUCACACUCUAACAAUUGUGGAUAUCGAUGGUAAAGUUCUUAAAGUAAUACGAACAACAUUUAAUCCAAAGGAAAUCUGUGCCAAUCAGGAUGGGGAUUUGUAUUGUACUGUCUUUUAUAGUGAUAAAGUAUACGUCGUUACAUGUGAUGGAAAAGAACGUGAGAUAUACAACAGUCUUGAACUGAAAAGUGCUGCUGGUGUAGCUGUAGAUGACCGUGGUGAUGUGUAUGUAGCAGGAUAUGUAUCAAACAACAUACAUAGAAUAUAUAAUGAUGGACAGAAACAUGACAUUGUCUUGUCAGCAGAAGAUGGUAUCAAUAACCCGAUCGGUUUAUCUUACAACAAUGAAACAAGAGAACUGCUAGUCUUAAACGACGCUGGUAAAUCCAUCAUUAUCUAUAAAACACAAUAA